AUACCUGGCUAUUCAUGGUUUAAAAAUAUCAUAAAUAAAUGCAUGACUCAUAUGUAUUUCCCACUUUCUAUAUUAAUAUCCAGCAUCUCAGAAACAUAAAAUGGAUAGGGUGAAGGUUAGAACCUUGUUAUUGUGAUUGAGACUUUAAACAAUGAGUGACUACUUAAAAACAGGGGAACAGCAACGAAGAUGACAAAUGAAGAGGAGCCUCUAAAAUUCCCUCGAUAUUCUGGAUGGCUAGACAGAAAAGAAAAUGUCUUUAUUUCUACGAGGCUGUGGUGCGUUCUGAGCCAUGGAUAUCUCCAUUAUUACAAGGACUGGAGACAAAACUUCUAUGCAGAGAAAAUAAAUCUGAGAGGUCUACAGGUAGAAGAAAUAGGGAGGUCCUGGUACUGGUAUAGGUUCAGAGUUGGAGACCUGGAAUUUAGUACAUCAGAUCACAAACAAGGGAAAGAGUGGUUUUCAUUCCUUAGGAACUCCAGUAGAGGUAAAUUGUUUGGUUAUCAUCUUCCUAAUCUUUACAAACUGGUGUUUGAGGAACUGAAAAUACAGUGUGUCACAAAUGAAAUGCUGGAACAGUGCAGUCGGGAUGACCACGUGGACGAAGGAUGGAUGCUGCUCUACCUUAUAAGGCGACUACUUUGGAGAUUUGCUUUUGCAAGCAAACGCUUUGCUCUGCAGUUGGCAGAGUCGUGCUAUAUUAAUUAUGUGCUCUCGGAUUUGAAUCAUCUGUCCAAGACACCUCUCCCAGAAUGGAAUGAGGGCAACUAUCUUUUGUUUUCAAGCUUGAACUGCCUGCAGCAGUGUGCUCGUACGAAUCGUAUGAAGACUGCAUUUUAUGCGGCUAAUGCACAUAUCAUAAUUGGAAACAUUCGUCAAAGAAGCAAUUCAAGAAAAGUAAAAAUGGCCACCCUUCUUACACUUUCCCAUAUGUUACACGAAGAGGACUACCAUGCAUUGAAAAUCGACGAGGACUUCAUGACAUACUUCCUCAACUUAAUUAAAAAAGCCAUUGAAAAUAAAAGCCAUUUUGUGAAAAUUUGUUCGAUUACUGAACAUUAUACUGAGAUCAGAGAAAUGUUUGAUGCCUUCUCCAAGGUCUACCUAUUGAAAGAAAACCAAAAAGUCAUCGACAGAAUUAACAAAGAAGACCUGACGCUUCAAAUUCUUUAUAUUUUAGAAAGGGCUGAUGUUGAUGAAAAACUAUUUGCUCUUCAACUGAUGAAGUCUAUAUGUACUUUCAAGAUCGGGAAAGCAAUUUUUCAGAAUCAAUAUUUUGACAGUAUUCUGAAUGAAAUGGGAAUCCUUAUGAGACACGAUGAUUUACAUUUGCGCAAACAAGCUGAAAUUGUGUAUGAGUAUCUCAAACCAAAAGGAGAAUGGAAGAACUCUUCUCGAAAAGAAGCGGAAAUGGAGGCCCUCUACUUACAAGCUCUGGCAGAAGGGAGUACACUGGACAGAACGAUUCGGGUCAUGUUUGUGGGGCACAAAGGGGCGGGGAAAACUACCCUUUGUAGGAGAUUUCUAGGCGAAAACAUUACAAGUAUCCGAAGCACAGAGGGCAUUGAUAUUUAUAUCGAAAAGUUUACUGUGGAUCUAGAAACUCGAAAAUGGACCAUUGAUAUUGAAGGUGAUCCUUUAGAAAAUAGCAGAUCCAAAAUAGCUGUUGGGGUGAAGGACUUUGAAAAUUCGAAGUUUCAGGAAUCUGAAAUAAUUCGGGAACCCGAUGCUCUUCAAUCAGCUGGUAAAUACAGCGAAGCUGAGGAUGCUAGAGCGGAUGGCAUUGAUGGUGCGCCUGAUUUUAUUCCUGAUGUUCAUGACGAUAUCACAGAAUGUGAGAGCAAGGAAGAAAUAAAACCAUCUCAAGAAGAAAUGACAAAACUCAUAGAAAAUGAUUCUAAUGAAAGAGCAAAUACCAUGCAUAAAAAUAUGAAAAUAAAUUUUGAAAUAGAGGCAAAUGUAAACUUUCCGGAAAAGUUUGCCCAUGUUUCAAUGUGGGAUUUUGCUGGAGAAGAUGUUUUCUAUGCGACACAUCAUGUUUUUCUGUCUCCAGACGCAGUUUUCCUUGUCAUAAUUGACCUAAGUAACUCGGAAACGAGCAAUUCGGAUGAAAUCGAAAAGACAAGGUUUUGGUUGAGGUCUAUAUUAACCUAUGCAAAGGUUAAGGACACCGGGGUUAACUGUGGCUUUCGCUUACCACCAGUUAUAUUUAUAGUAACCCAUAAAGACAAGUUGCCAGGAAAAAGUGAAGAGGAAAAGAAAGAGGUUGCAUUUAGUUUUCUUGCAGAUGUUCUCAAUCUGCCAGAAUUGCGUGGGAUAGAUCAUUCUUUCAUUCGUGGAAGAUUUAUAGUGGACAACACCUAUCUCUACUACGAUCCAGAAAUAGAGAAACUGAAGAAUUGUAUUGUAGAAUCGGCCAGGAUACAAUCCAACUGGGAAAAGGAAAUUCCUCUUCAAUGGGUGGCUAUUGAGCGUGAAAUAUCUGUUUUGAAAAGCAAAAAAAUUAAACUUAUAACAGUUGACAUGUUGAAAAAUCAUUUAGAGAAAUGUGAAGUGACUUUGUCUACUAUGGAGAACCUGGAAGGGGUACUUGAACAUUAUCAUUUAAAAGGUUUUAUAAUAUUCUUUUUGGGAUCUGAAAGGUUAAAGAAAUACGUAUUUAUUGAUCCCCAAUGGAUUGUUAAUGCUUUCAAACAACUGAUCAGACCUCCUUGUGCUGAGAAAAAAUUUGAUAAUGAGAUAAUUCGGAAGCAGUGGAAUUCGUUGUACGAGGAGGGAACACUUACAGCAGAAUUUGCCAAAGAAAUUUUCAACUUGAGUGGAGAUGUCCAGCUCGUUGAAUAUGCUGAUGACGUACUACACAGUAUGGAGGAGUUGAAUCUCAUUGCUAGCAUAAAGCCCCACUGGAUAGUCCCAAACCUUCUGAAAAGACAAAUAUACACUUCAUUAGUGCAAGAUUUCUUUGAUGAUCAAAAUAUCAAUAUCCAAAAAACGUGCGCUUAUUGCUUAAAGUUUCGAGAAGCGUUCGUUCCUGAUCCAAUUAUGGACAAGGUGGUUGCAGGUUGUAUUUCAAAGUGGACAAAAUUUUAUUAUCUUAAGGAAAAGCCAAUUCUCUACAGAGGACUUGUAUGUUUGAAAGUGACGGAAUCUUGCAAUUUGAUGUUAUAUUGCAAAGACAACAUGAUACAAGCAAUGCUAUUUAGCACGACGGAAACUAAUGCAACAUUUGGUGGAGUUGGAAAUUCUGUACGAUUAUUUCUGAAUGACUGCAUUGAUGGCAUAUUCAGGACUUGUUAUCAGGAGAGUAUGAAACCAGUUCAAUAUAUUCAGUGUAAAAUUAUGGAACCUGAUAAUUCUUCAUUAGUUCUUGCUGACGAAAUAUUCCAACAGGGUACACGAUACUGCUGCGGCAAUCGAACGCUUUCGCCUCAUCCUUUGACGCACCAGAACCUUCGACAGUGGUGGGAGAGGGUUGAAAUAUACGUUCCGCAUUUUCAAGAUAUCGACGUUUUCUCAACACCGCCAGAAUCACCUGACUCUAACGACUUUGAUGCACCUAAGUUUCCCUUCUUGGAGGAAGAUAAGACGAUGCAUGGUGAUAAUAGAUUCAAGCGUUUUGUUGACUCCACGCUAACUGUUGACGUUUGGGAAAACCUCCACACUUUGAGUCAGUCGGUGGGCUGUUUACACUCACCGUUACUUAUUUCUACUGUGUUUCGAGUUGGCACAGCAUCAGUUAUGUCCGUGGCUCAUCACGUCAUGCAAAUCACAGAGACGCAAGGUCGCAACGAGUUUGCUCCUCAUAAUAGCGAUAGAUUACUGGCAGAUAAUGUAUAUGUUGAGUUCAAAGGAUCAAGAAAAGAUGCUAAUAAACUAUUUUACAUCAGAGGAAUCCAGUACCUUGAUCCUCGGAAAGAUGUUUGCGUGCUAGAACUGUUUGUUGAUGACCCAUCAAAUCUUCCACCACCAUUCAGAGAAUUUUGUCUCCCAACGGCAGAUUCGAUAUUAACUUUCAUUGGCUUUGGUCAUCCGGGUCACAAUUAUAAGGCAUUUGAACCAAAGGUUACAGUAUUGCAUAGGGGCUCAAAGCGAGUUCAAAACUCUGUUGAAUGGGUACGAAAACAUCAUGUUGAUCUAAAAAACAUUUUGCAGCUAAACGGAAAACCAGUGGAAUGGGUAGACAAUGCUUAUUCCAUGCUUGAAAAUGAAGGUGUAGUUGGGCUGAAUUGUUUCAUGCAACAUGGCGCAUCGGGUGCUCCUGGCAUUACGAUGACAAACCGUGGACUAGCGGUGGCUGUCAUGCUACAGGGUGGAUUGCCUAAAUUCUUCAUGGACAUCGGACAUUAUAUUGACCAGAUUCCCUUGGAACAGAGGAUCGAAUAUGGAAUCACAAUGGAUAUUAUUUGUCGUGAUCUUUUUCAACAUGUACCUGAACUUUGUAAAGAUAUAUUUGGACCAAAUUUUGGUUUUUAAUUGGGAGAAUCUUUUCUGUGUCAGAAUAUUUCUCAGAGAAAAUGGACAAAUUAAAAGUUAAAUUCAAACAAUUUUUGUAGAUCGUAAUUAAGAGUCCAAAAUUAAGUUAAUCGUUCCUGAAACAGUACAUUUUAUAAAGGAAAUGCUAGAUAUUAUCAAUUUUACAGUUAUCUUUCAGUUGGGAAGUUUCCAGUACAUAUUCGACCCAGUUGAGUGGCAUCGUUUUGUUUGUCUUUUGAAACAGUGUACAAUUAUAGACAGAUUAUAAUCAGAAUUAUCGCAAACUUUUAAAACUGCGAAAGAUGGG